CAAGAUAAGAUUUUAGAAUCACAAAACUCUGUUCUUAAAUCCUCAUUAAGUAUACAUUUAAUUAAUACAGUUGAUAAUAACAAUCUGUUUCUGGAUAUACAAAGUGACGUUGAUAAUAUACAAAGUGACGCUGAUAAUAUACAAAGUGAUACUGAUAAUAUACAAAGUGAUGCUGAUAAUAUAUAUAUGCAAAAAAAUAAAUUUGGAAGUAAACACUCAUUAGAAUUGGUUCAAAGUUUCUUAUUUUCAAAUUGGCAACUUUUUAAAAUUUGGAUUAAGCAAUUUGUAAAACAAGAAGGGUUUAGCUACAAGAUUCGAACUAGUGAAGCAGAUAAUGGUAUAAUUCGAAGAGCAGUAUAUGUGUGUUCUAAAGCUGAUACAUACAAUUUACAGGUUACAUCUGAUAACAGAUUGAAUAUUCUUGAAAAUUGA